CAGUGGUCUUCAGUUGUAAGCCGCGCUCUGAGCUGGACAGUCACUCGCAUAUUUCACAGUCUUAUCAAUCGUUUUUCGCACAAACAACCGCAGAGAUUAUUUCAUUUCAACAAAAUGUCUAUUGAUAUCAAAAAUGUUUUGAUUUGUGAUGCGGUUGAUAAAGCCUGCGUCGAAUUGCUACAGAGUAAUGGCAUCAGUGUGGACACUAAACUUAAGCUACCCGUUAACGAACUGGUUCGCGUGGUGAAAGCUUACGAUGCUGUUAUUGUACGUUCCGACACUAAAAUAACUGCUGAGGUUAUCAAGGCGGGUGCAGAGGGCGGCAAACUAAAAGUGGUGGGUCGCGCUGGCGCUGGCGUUGACAACAUUGAUGUGACUGCAGCUACACAACAUGGUGUUGUUGUACUCAAUACACCCGGAGGAAAUUCCAUUUCAGCAUGCGAAUUGACUUGCCUAUUAAUUGGUGCACUGGCGCGUCCAAUUGUGCCGGCAGCGCAAAGUUUGAAGGAGGGACGUUGGGAUCGCAAGCUGUACAGUGGUUUUGAAUUGUAUGGCAAGACGCUCGCUAUAAUCGGUUUGGGACGCAUCGGCCGCGAAGUGGCUAUACGUAUGAAGGCAUGGGGUAUGCGUACAAUUGGCUAUGAUCCCAUAACGACCGAGGAGGAGGCACGUGCCGCCGGCAUUGAAAAACUGGAAUUGGACAGUAUUUGGCCAUUGGCCGACUAUAUUACCGUUCAUACGCCACUUAUACCGCAAACUAGGAAUUUGAUUUCUGCACAGACACUGGCAAAGUGUAAGCGUGGCGUGAAAGUGGUGAAUGUGGCUCGUGGCGGUAUUGUGGACGAGCAAGCUGUUAUCGAUGCGUUGGAGAGUGGUAUUUGUGCUGGCGCUGCUUUUGAUGUUUACCCCGAAGAGCCACCAAAGUCGACAGUUACUAAGGCGUUGAUAGCACAUCCCAAAGUUGUGGCUACUCCACACUUGGGUGCGAGCACCGCUGAGGCACAGGUGCGUGUAGCUGUUGAAGUUGCUGAGCAAUUCAUCGCAUUGACCGGAAAGUCACAAAAAUAUACAACCUAUGCUGGAGUUAUUAAUAAGGAUGUACUAAAAGCUUAAUAAUAAAAUAUUUGUAUGACAAAA